AUGUCGAGUAGUCUAUCGGCAAUGCCCUUUGCGCGCCAGUAUGGUUCGUUUCGGGCUACAACAACUACUAACGGCUCGGGUACUGGCAACACGACAUCCUCCUCAUCAUCGGUGGCCGGUGGUCUGCAUCAUCACUCCCGGUACUCGUCGGGUGCUGCCGAGGGCGGUACAACAGCUGGCUCUAAUAGCAGCAGGGUACGGCUACAGAUGGCUCCUUUGUCCGGUUACCGGCUUUGCAACCAAGUCAACCGCACACCCACCGUAAGCACGUCCUCCUCGUCGUCAACGUCCACGAGCGGUAAUGGCAGUGGCAGCUCCUCUCGCCAGUCGAAAUACUCACAGCAAGCCGCGUCCGGUGGGACGAAAAAUCAGGAGAACAUUCCCACGGCAACCGGGCGACCCUCCGGUACCGUUAGUGUUGCACCGGCGGCGGCGGCGGCAGCUAAGCUGAACACAACCCCCCAGCACAGCUACAACUCCUCCGCAGAACGGUGUGCUGUGCACCAUCAUCGAGGAACGGCGGUGGGGGGGACGAAGAAAGUUGGCGAACUGAUCGGCGACUCGCCACUCCUACAGUCGCCCCGUAUUAUCGCCCGCUCGGCCAGGAUUGUCGAGCCGAACGCCUGGAACCGCCGGUUAACCGCGUCCAACUUCUGCUCCCCACCCGUCCCCGCUAGUCAUCACUUUCAGAGCAGCAGUAACAGCGGUGGUACUGGCAACCACCACCACCUGUCGGCCGCCACCGGCCAGAGGUUGCCGCAAGCGGCGUCGUUGGUCUGCCGAAAGUCCCCGGGCAGCUCCGGAACGUCGGUCGAAUCGAUCGUGCCAAAGUACACGCGAACGACGCAGGUCGGCGCAGGUGGCGGAGCGGCACUGAGUACCGUGGCGCAGAAGCGAACGUACAACGCACAAAAGCCGCAGCUUCGGAUCGUUUCCAGCCGAACGUUGGCGAACACGAGCGGAAGAAUCGGAGCCGGUGGUGCGGCCACCACCAGUAUCGCCAGCAGGAAAACGGGGGGAACCACCGCCUCGGUCGCCGUCGGUCGACCGAUGGCGCAGCAGCAACAGUCCACACAGGGGUUGCCUACGGCCGCGCGGGAGGUUGCCAAGGUGUUGCAGCACCACCAUCACCACCAUCAUAGUGGUGCGGCGUCCAUGCGGGUGAUCGAUGUGCUGAACAACAAUCAUCUGCAGCACCAGCAACCAUCGGGGGCUUCCUACAGGCCUCCGGGCCGAGCUCAGGCCGGAGAAAACAUCGAAAAUCAUCACCCUCACGAUACGCCGCGUGUUGAGACGGCUACGGCAAACCGUUCUAAUGGAGGUCUGCAAAAGCAUCUGGCAUCUUCAACGAAGAAACAAUCCGCGAUCCCGCAACGGUUGCCACUGACACUGGCGACCGAUCAGCUGCAGUCGGGGGCAGCUUCCUUCUCCAGUAAGUUUCCCAACGGGCUACCGUUCGAGCAGGAAUUCUACUACCGACGUCCACCGCCAGCCCCAGCCCAUCGGCAGGAUGAUCAGGAGGAGGACGUGGACGAAGAACAGCAACAUGCUGAUGAGGACGAGUUGGAGGGCGAAUCGGACGGGCAGGAGGACGUAAAGAUGCGGGAGGAAAACGGAAGCUAUAUGCCCGAUUCGUGGCGGAACACCUCGCGCAAGAUGAAAAAAGUUGGCUCGACGACGCGUACGGUAGCGUUAGGAGGAGGGAGGGCUCCGAAGGAGCACCAUCAUCAGAGGAAUCGCAGCGAGUCGACAUCGGAGGACAACAACACGACGUUGGUCGGGUCGGAGGACGUUCGGUUUGUGGAUUUUCCCAACAUUUACCCAUCUUCCGGUGGGCUUCAGCAGCUCCAUCGAAGGCACCAGACACGCCAUGAGCUUGAGCUGGAAAAGGAUAAGCACAAACAGCAACAACACUAUCAGCGAAAGCAGGAUGCUGGAGAUGGAGACAAUGUUGUCCACUCCAGCGGAUGUCCGAUGACUUCGGUCGUCGAGUAUCGGCACAUCAACCAUAGCAACUACUAUUACAAGUUCGAAAGCGUCCGCAGUGGCGCGGCCAAGCUGGGUAGCAAGCAGCAUCAGCAGCAACAGCGUAAGCUCCUACAGCGACGCCCUUCGCAGGUUGCCGCCAACGGCGAUGAGGAGGAUGAGCGCGUCAGUCGACGCCAGAGGACGAUGCGAUUCGGCGAGGUUGACGGAAAUGGAAAUCACAAAGGCGAUGGAUUUUACGCUGACGAGGGCGAUGUGCUGCUGCUACACUGCAACGGUAGCGACGCAGACGAACAUUACGAUUACGAUGACGACGACGACGACGACGACGACGACGACGAUGACGACGAUGAGGUGGAGGAUGCCGAUGGCGAACGGUCGACGGUGUACGUGGCCGUCGCUACGUGGGUUCCGAAGUGUAACCGGUUGCCAGUGGAGCAGCAACAGCCCGACGCAGACAGGCCCAUCUGUCUUACGCUGUCGGGCGGCGAAAAGCAGCAGCAGCAGCAGCUAAAACAGAAGCAAAAGCCAGCGGUCAAUAAUCCCCCCGCAGUAGUUGUGCCAUCCGCCGUCUGUCGGACCGCUCCGCAGCCCGUCCCGGUGGCUUCGGUUCAUGGUUGCAAUUUCACCCCGGAUCUUGAAGGAGCCGGACCGGACGAGCCUCCCAGACGGGGGGAGCGCGAGCAGAAUCAAAGCCCGGUUAUUGUGUCCACCCUGCGUCGUAACCCCCGCCUCAAGCAACUGUCGUACGGGCCGGGGGGAGAAGACGAGAAACAACCCUCCGUGCGGGAUGACGCCGAUGGCCAUCUGAUCUAUCAAAUCGGCGAUCAGCUGCACAACCGCUAUAAAAUACUCGACACCCUCGGCGAGGGCACGUUUGGGCGCGUGGUGAAAGUGCGGGACUUGCACAUGCACCACAAUAUGGCACUGAAGGUGAUAAAGAACGUUGACAAGUAUCGUGACGCGGCCGAGCUCGAGAUCGCAGCGCUGGAGAAAAUUACUCAGGUGGAUCCGACCUUCAAGCAUCUGUGCGUGAAGAUGCUGACCUGUUUCGACUACCAUGGCCAUACGUGCAUCGGAUUCGAGAUGCUCGGACUCAGUGUGUUCGACUUUUUGAAACAGAACAACUACGAACCGUACCCGCUGGACCACGUACGCCACAUUUCCUAUCAGCUGUGCUUCGCCGUCCGGUUCCUGCACGAAAAUCAUCUCACGCACACGGAUCUCAAGCCAGAAAACAUCCUAUUCAUCGACUCGGAGUACACAACCGCCAGCGUUCCGAACAAGUCAACACAGGUGCGUCGCAACAAAUGCACCGAUAUUCGGCUGAUCGAUUUCGGCAGUGCCACAUUCGACGACGAGCACCACAGUACGAUCGUGUCGACGCGCCACUAUCGCGCCCCGGAAGUGAUCCUGGAGCUGGGCUGGUCGCAGCCGUGCGAUGUCUGGUCGAUUGGCUGUAUUAUGUACGAGCUGUACAACGGCAUGACACUGUUCCCCACACAUGACAACCGGGAACAUCUCGCCAUGAUGGAGCGCAUCCUGGGCACCAUUCCGUACCGUAUGGCUAGGAAAUCAAAAACCAAGUACUUCCGCUACGGCAAGCUGGACUGGGAUGAAAAGUCGUCCGCCGCGCGCUACGUGCGCGACAACUGCAAACCACUGCACAGCUGCGUAAUGGCCGACAAGGCAGAUCACCUGCAGUUGUUUGACUUGAUCCGGAAGAUGCUCGAGUACGAUCCUGUUAAUCGUAUCACUCUGGAUCAAGCACUGCGCCACCCGUUCUUCGCCAAGCUGCCCGCCAACCAGCGGCUUCACGAAAAAUGUAAAAAAUGCUGCGGCAUGGGGAACGUCGCCGAACAGGGCAGCCUCUCACGAUAAAAGAACAUCGCGCGCGCCCAUUGCAUGAGAAGAGAAGCGCACGCGCUUGCAUGAGGCUGUGUCCACACACCAUCCAGCCCAGUUUCUUCAAACCAUUACAUUUGGUUUACUUUCUUUUGUCCGAUUUCUUCAUUUCUUCAUUCGUUGCUAUUUUUCAUUACUCAAUCGCGCAAAGGAGCGCACAUAGAAUUCAAUUUGCGAUCGACGCAGAACCGUAGACAAGCGCGCACGAUGCGUUAAUUUUGGUGUGCCUUUCGAAGAAAACGUCCCCCGGGAGACGAGGUCUAGUUGUGUUUGCGCAACAGGAAGCAGUUAGUCCUACCGCGGCCGUCAGCCGAUGGCCAUAGUUUGCAACUUAUCACUAAGUUAGGUUAGCUUGUUGCUAAAGCGAAUUAGAUUGAAACACAAUGAAUGUGUUUACGAGUCUCGACUGCAACCGGAUUGUAGGAAUGUGCAAAACGAGGAGUCAAUUUAGGAGCACAGUAUUUCAGCAUGGUGAACCAUCUGCCAGCUAAACGGUGUGGCUCGCGAUGCGGAAAAGCAAUCGCAUGCGAAAAACACAUCUCGGCAAGCUCAACAUCAAGUUUGCCCAAAAGGAGGGACGCUUUGGAAGAAGAGUGUUUAUUUUUUCAUCUUGCCUUGCAGCUUCGAGAGUUUUUAUUUCUAUUAUUUACAUCAACACUUUUCAUCUCAAUCAAAGGCAUACAAGUAUUCUUAAGGCGUUGCUAAGUUGCUAACAGAACUGACGGAUGUAUGGGAAAACGGAAGGUUACCUAGUAUAAGAAAGACAGCUAAAUCUUUUCCCGCGAGAGAAGAGGGUGAAUUUGAUAGGUUCGUAGCACAGGGAGGGAAUCAGACGAUGGAUGAUUUGGUUGGUUUCCGAAUAGGUAGGGAUAGGAGGUAGUGAUUGGUAGAAUUUAGGAGUGAGAGAUCAUCAUUCGUGAGUGCGAAAAAAGAGCUAACAAGCGCGUGGAUUAAUAACACGUACCAAUGCGAGCGGCAACAACUGCUCAGGAACAGAAACAACAAUUCGGUGCGAGUGAAACCCCCCGGGGGUUUAUUUUUUAUUCUUCUUUUAUCUAAUGCCAGUAGUAACAACAAAAGUGAAAUGCUCUCAUAGCUUGGAGGAUUAUGCUCGAACAGGGGUUAGUAGGGCAUUUACGUUACACCAAAAGACGGUGACGAUGAUGUCGGAAGCUAGUUCGGGUAGACCAGGCAGGAGUUGGAAUAGAAUAGCAUUGAUUUUGUUUUUUUAAUCAUCGGCUCAGAUCAAGUCGCACAAAAAAGCAUAGCAUGGACUCAUUUCUAACAACGCAACGACGUUUCGUGUCGAACUAAUUAAAACCAUAUUUCUCAUUUUGUUCGUUUCUCUA